GUGGCGCUCGUGAUUAACGGCCGUGCAGUAUCUCACGGUACUACAUUAUAACUUUACUUGAUAUACCACCAAUCUCUUGCCACGAUUAUAUAACGAUGUUCAGCGAUACAACUUUGAUAUAGAUUGAUAUCACCGCAGUCGGCCUGGUUCAGCUGUUUGGUUCAGUUGAAGGACUCAACGUAAAAUGCUGUUUGUUACGUUGACGUUACUAACGUUGUUGCCUUACGUGACGUGUAAACCGCCUCAUAUCAUCUUCAUCGUGGCAGAUGAUUUGGGCUGGAAUGACGUCGGUUGGCACAAUGACGCCAUGUACACACCGAACCUGGACAAGUUGGCGUCUAAUGGCGUAAUUCUCAAUUCAACUUACGUCCAGCCCGUCUGCUCCCCGUCCAGGAAUUGUUUCAUGACGGGCUACUACCCAUUCCAUACAGGACUUCAGGUUCCUGAGAGCUAUGAGCGCAUUUACGCUAAUAUAUCUACAAAAAGCAGAAGAACAUAUUGCGGUAUGAUAUCCGCUCUGGACGAAGCCGUUGGCAACAUCACAUCGGCACUUCGCAGCCGCGGAUUCAUGGACAACGCCUUACUUGUCUUCACCACUGAUAACGGCGGUCCCAGUUAUACGGCGGCAAACAAUCUUCCGCUGAGGGGAGCUAAGACCACCCUGUGGGAGGGAGGGACCAAGGGUGUGGCCUUCGUCUAUAGCGACACUCUGCUAAAGAAAACUAAAUACACGAAUACGGAAAUGAUGCAUGCAGUUGACUGGUUCCCGACACUGCUGACCCUUGCUGGUGGAAAACCUGACGCUGGCAUGGACGGUGUAAACCAGUGGGCCACCGUGAGUAACGGAGCUCCAUCAGCCAGGACGGAAUUCGUCUACAACAUCGACGAGAUUGACAAGAACGCAGCUAUCAGGGUUGGUCAGUACAAGCUUAUUGAGGGAAGUCCAGGGGCCUUCAACGGGUGGACACCGCUACCGCCUAUGUUGGAAACAGUCGUCAACGAAAUGUUCCCGCCUUACCAGCUCUUCGAUAUCGACGCGGAUCCUACGGAGCAUUUCGAUAUUGCUGACCAACAUCCGGACGUGGUCAAGCGCCUACAAGAUCGCAUCAACUUCCACAGAACUACAGCGGUGCCGGCUAACUAUCCGCUACCAGAUCCGGCUUCCAACCCCAAACACUUCGGCGGCAACUGGUCGCCCGGCUGGUGCUGAAAACCGGUUCUGUUUACCAUUGACAAUACUAAGCACCCCUUUAUACUGUCGCCAAUCUGUUAAAAUGAAUACACACAUUGUCAAGACAAUAAUUAUGUUAGCUUUGGGCAAGUGAACUUGUGGUCCCCCAUAAUAAAAUGACUUGUUAUAUUCAAGGCUGAUACUACUGAAUUCUUUUACAAUAAAUGAAAGGCGCUAAGUG